AUGGCGGAGCAGGAUAGACAACAAACAAGGGAAACACAAAACAGAGAGCAAAUGGGACAAGAACAGGAAGCAACGGACAAACAAGCAAGAGAAUGGUGGGACAUACAGGAGACGAAAAAGGGGGCAAUGCACGCUUUGACUGACGAAAGCAUCGCAAAAGUGACCAAAUGUGCUGAAAGCAUAGUGAAGGCCACAUCAAGAUACGCCGGGGGGAAACUCAGUUUCAAGAUGGAGGACAAAGACGUGGUACAUAAGAGCACCAAUACUAUGAUGAACGAGUUCCUGAACAUGGCGACCCGACUUGAAAGGGCCCAAGGAGAAGUCAUAAGACAGCAAGAGAGGAACAGGUGGUUGAUCGAGCAGACGCAGGCAAGGGAGAGUGAAUGGCAAGCUCGCCUAAACACCAGUAAAGAAAUCAACGCCCUCAGAAAUACUAUCGAGAUCCACAAACAGUCACAUACUACAAACAAGCCGCAACAGCCACAAAGAGAGACCGACAAGAAAACCAACACACGAACCGACAGACAGCAUACCAGACAACAAGGGCCACCAACCGAACAAGAAAAAGCAGGAGAGACGGAAACCAAUGUAGAGACGGACGCCAGCGACUGGACCAAAGUAAGAAACAAGAAAAAGAAGAGAACAUACGCCGACAUGGUCUCCAUCGAGAAGACGCGUCAGGAGAGACUGCAACGCAGAGACACAGAGCGCAGGAAUGGUUGGGUAACUCCGGAACCCAAGGAGACUAGCCCAGACUACGAAGUCAUAGUGAAAGGUCUAGAAAAUACGACCCAAGAAGACGCACAGCGGAGAUGUAGAAAUAUCCGCACCUUGCUAAUAAAUAACAGCGUCAGGGAGGUGAAAGCCAUACGAACAACUAGACAGGGAGGCACCAUCAUCCUAGCCAAGGACCAGGACCAACAAAAAAAGAUAAGACAGACCAUAGAAACGUCAGCUUUCUCGCAAAAAAAAAAAGCGAAAGCAGAUCUAAAACAAAAUGUUAGAUACAAUAAUAGCUACAGCACUAUUAUAAGAGAACAUAUUGAUCAUGAAUAUAGUGUAGAAGAAGAAAAUACAGUAGGAUUGGAAAUAGUAGGAGAAAAGGAAUUAAAUGAUGAUAGAAAGGAUAGAUCCACCAUAGAAUUACCUCCACCAACACAAGAAAAAUCAGCAGACUAG